UCGGCAGGGCCCGUGCAUUCCAGAGAGCCGAGCGAGCUAGAGCAACAAAGGAGCUGGGGAGUCGGUGGGAGAAGUCGGGGGGCUGCUGCGCGCUCGGGCGAAGGUGGCGGCUGGGCCGCGGGCUGGCGCAGAGGGGAAGCCGGGGAGCUAGUCCCCCACCGCCGGCCCGCGCCUGGCCUGCAUCGCAGGGCCGGGAGGUAGUUUUAAUGGUGGAAGAGGGAAUGGGGCUGGAGAUUGGGGGCCCAGGGGGCUCCCGGGGCUGAAGACAACUUGGAUUGGCCGGAGAAAGAGUAGAGAGUUGUGCAUCCCGGCGGGGGCCUCAGCCGCCCAACAUGGGCCCCGGGGUCCAAAGUUUGCGAAGUUGGGCUCCGAGGCCCCGCGGAGCGCCGAGCGUCCGAGGGGGCCCGGCAGCGGACUUGCGGGGCGCACAGGUCGCCUGAGCCACCUCCGCGGCCCCAAGGGUUGCGUGUGUGGCCGGGGGGCUCCGGGGAGCGGGCGGGGGCGCCGGGGCUUCUGCUGAGUUGGCGGGUUUGGCCAUGGCCGCUGCCCGCCUCGCACGGGGGCCGGAGAUCCUGCUCCUGGGGCUGCUGCUGCUGCUGCUGGGGGGCCCGGGCCGGGGGGCGGCCUUGAGCGGGAACGCGACUGGGCCUGGGCCGCGGAGCGCCGGCGGGAGCGCGAGGAGGAGCGCGGCGGUGACCGGCCCUCCGCCGCUGCUGAGCCACUGCGGCCGCGCAGCCCCCUGCGAGCCGCUGCGCUACAACGUGUGCCUGGGCUCGGCGCUGCCCUACGGGGCCACCUCCACGCUGCUGGCCGGGGACUCGGACUCCCAGGAAGAAGCGCACGGCAAGCUCGUGCUCUGGUCCGGCCUCCGGAACGCCCCCCGCUGCUGGGCAGUCAUCCAGCCCCUGCUGUGCGCCGUGUACAUGCCCAAAUGCGAGAAUGACCGGGUGGAGCUGCCCAGCCGCACCCUCUGCCAGGCUACCCGAGGGCCCUGUGCCAUCGUGGAGAGGGAGCGCGGCUGGCCUGACUUCCUGCGCUGCACCCCUGACCACUUCCCCGAGGGCUGCCCGAAUGAGGUGCAGAACAUCAAGUUCAACAGUUCGGGCCAGUGCGAGGCUCCCUUGGUUCGGACCGACAACCCCAAGAGCUGGUAUGAGGACGUGGAGGGCUGUGGGAUCCAGUGCCAGAACCCGCUGUUCACCGAGGCCGAGCACCAGGACAUGCACGGCUACAUCGCCGCCUUCGGGGCAGUCACGGGCCUCUGCACGCUCUUCACCCUGGCCACAUUUGUGGCUGACUGGCGGAACUCGAAUCGCUACCCUGCUGUCAUUCUCUUCUACGUCAAUGCGUGUUUCUUUGUGGGGAGCAUUGGCUGGCUGGCCCAGUUCAUGGACGGCGCCCGCCGGGAGAUCGUCUGCCGUGCAGAUGGCACCAUGAGGCUUGGGGAGCCCACCUCCAACGAGACCCUGUCCUGCGUCAUCAUCUUUGUCAUCGUGUACUACGCCCUGAUGGCCGGUGUCGUCUGGUUUGUGGUCCUCACCUAUGCCUGGCACACCUCCUUCAAAGCUCUGGGCACCACCUACCAGCCUCUCUCCGGCAAGACCUCCUACUUCCACCUGCUCACGUGGUCACUCCCCUUUGUCCUCACCGUGGCAAUCCUUGCCGUGGCCCAGGUGGAUGGGGACUCCGUGAGCGGCAUCUGUUUUGUUGGCUACAAGAACUACCGAUACCGGGCGGGCUUCGUCCUGGCCCCGAUUGGCCUGGUGCUCAUUGUGGGAGGUUACUUCCUCAUCCGAGGAGUCAUGACUCUGUUUUCCAUCAAGAGCAACCAUCCGGGGUUGCUGAGCGAGAAGGCUGCCAGCAAGAUCAAUGAGACCAUGCUGCGCCUGGGCAUUUUUGGCUUCCUGGCCUUUGGCUUCGUGCUCAUCACCUUCAGCUGCCAUUUCUACGACUUCUUCAACCAGGCUGAGUGGGAGCGCAGCUUCCGGGACUAUGUGUUGUGCCAGGCCAAUGUGACCAUCGGGCUGCCCACCAAGAAGCCCAUCCCCGACUGUGAAAUCAAGAAUCGCCCUAGCCUCCUGGUGGAGAAGAUCAACCUGUUUGCCAUGUUUGGAACUGGCAUUGCCAUGAGCACCUGGGUCUGGACCAAGGCCACGCUGCUCAUCUGGAGGCGCACCUGGUGCAGGUUGACUGGGCAGAGUGAUGAUGAGCCCAAACGCAUCAAGAAGAGCAAAAUGAUCGCCAAGGCCUUCUCCAAGCGGCGUGAGCUGCUGCAGAACCCAGGCCAGGAACUCUCCUUCAGCAUGCACACUGUCUCCCACGAUGGGCCUGUGGCGGGUUUGGCCUUUGACCUCAAUGAGCCCUCCGCCGACGUGUCCUCUGCCUGGGCCCAGCAUGUCACGAAGAUGGUGGCUCGGAGAGGAGCCAUUCUGCCCCAGGAUGUGUCUGUCACCCCUGUGGCAACUCCAGUGCCCCCGGAGGAAAAAGCCAACCUGUGGCUGGUUGAGGCAGAGAUCUCCCCAGAGCUGGAGAAGCGCCUGGGCCGGAAGAAGAAGCGGAGGAAGAGGAAGAAGGAGGUGUGCCCCCUGGUGCCACCCCCUGAGCUUCACCACCCCGCCCCUGCCCCUGCAGCCAGCGCUGUUCCUCGCCUGCCUCAGCUGCCCCGGCAGAAGUGCUUGGUGGCCGCAGGUGCCUGGGGAGCUGGGGAAUCCUGCCGACAGAGAGCCUGGACCCUGGUCUCCAACCCUUUCUGCCCAGAGCCCAGUCCCCUACAGGAUCCAUUUCUGCCCAGUGCCCCAGUUCCCACGGCCUGGGCUCAGGGCUGCCGGCAGGGCCUGGGGCCCAUUCACUCCCGCACCAACCUGAUGGAGGCAGAGCUCAUGGACGCAGAUUCAGACUUCUGAGCCUGGAGAGCGGGACCUGGGCUAGGAAAGAGGAGCAAAGACCAUUCUGAGGUUCCUCAUCCUCCCCGAGAGUGCUUCCCCGGGAUCUCGUCUUCCGGAGAACCUGAGGGUGCAGUGCCCUCCUGGGAGGGCUCUCUAUGUCUGGCUCAUGGCAGCGGGACUGUGGGAAAGGGCCCUGACAUCUCCACGGGUAGGCCUCAUCCAGGGAAGGGCCCUGGAGCUCGGGGUCCUUGUUUCUGCCCUGCCAGCUGGAGUCUGGCUGGCAGUAUCCAUCUGCAGCAGGGUCAUGGGAUAGGCAGAGCUUGAGGGGGGACAGUAACGGUAGAAGCAGGGGUGACAGUACCCAGAGUGGGCUGUGGUUGCCAAUGAGGCAGUCAAAGCCCGGGCCUGGCAGAUGAGGGCUGGCUGCCCUUUUCUGGCUCGCUCAGACCAAAUGUGUUUAUUGGGUCACUAGCCCUUUGUCUAAAUGGAGACAGGGCUCCCUUUUCCUUCUUCCAGAUGGUUGUGGAGCUGGAAGUGCUCAUUCUCAUAGGGGCUAUAACCUCUCUUCACAGGCGUCCAGGUGGCCCGACCCCAGGCCAGUAACCCAUCCUGUGCGCUCCUGCAGCCUCCUUCCCCCUUUCCCAUCUCAGUUCAACCAGGCCAACCUCUUCCUGUGUCCUGUUUGUUGAUUAGGCCCCAGAACUGCUGCAUGCUCCGCCCCACUCCCACCCCCCUCCCCUCUGAGGCUGGGCUCCAUCUCCAGGUGAGAGAUGGGUUCGGCUGUGGAGCCUGGCGUGGUGUAGAAGCAGUGAGUGACGGGGAGCCUCUGGGCCCCUGAGAGACACGUGUUAUCUCUUCCUCCCAUCCAUCCAGUGGGGGAUGGACCCUCUGACUUGAGGGGCUACCCUGGGAGGCUGCUGGAGCUUCAGCCAGGCAGGAAAGCUACCUUCAACUUCCACAACUGGGGGGUGAGGAGAUUCCCACCUCUCAUAACCCCUAACUCUGUCCCCGAGGCCCCAGUUUCAAGAACCAGACAGCAGGAAGCCUUAGGAGCUGGCUGGGUUCCAGAAUGGGGAUAAGGAUGGGGAGAAGGAAUACAAGCAGUAAAUAAAAGGUUUUUGUAUAAA